AUGCCAUCCAUCCAUGUGUCCUCCAUCAGCUGUUCAGCAACAUCACAACAACAACAACGCUGCCAUCGCAGCGACAACUGCAAGUGGUACAGCGGACGGUCGUUUUCAGGACAAGUUUCAUUUUUGCUGCGACAAUUACACAAUCAAAGAGAGCGAUUUUGCUUUCCGGAAUCGUUGGCUCUACACAAAAAAUAUGGACCUCCACAGUUAUAUCUGCUCAUGACAUACGAAGAUCAGAGAGGCACGGUGAAGGAUGUUGUUGCAAACACGCGAAAGUACGCUGCAUGCAAGUACGCUGAACCGCUUCCAAGCUACGAGAGCUACGAAAAGAAGUGCGUCUUAUGUCCACGCUACUCAAAAAACAUUGCCACGUUGUUAGCGGAAAUUGCCAGUUGCAAAUACAGUAUCCCUUACUUCAUCCAAAAAGAAUUGUCGCCAUGA